UCAACAUUCUAACUUCGUGGGAAGGGCUGUGGUGACUUUCAGGAAAGUGAAUAGGAAGUGCUUUUCUAAACAGCCUGACAGCUGAGGGGUGGCAGCGAGAUUAAAAGAAGUCUGGGCCGGACAGACAGCAGAAAGCCAGCCGUGUCACAAGAGAGAUGGCCAGCUGCCCAAAAGCCAUCUGGAACUGGAGAUUUCAGAGAGCGAUCUUCAGAACUGUCCAACUCCUUUGCUUCAGUGUCCUGAUCUUCGAGCUAAUAAACCAGAAAGAAGUAUCAGCAUGGACCUACCACUACAGCAAUAAAACAUAUUCAUGGAAUUAUUCCCGGGCAUUCUGUCAGAAGUACUACACGGAUUUAGUGGCCAUCCAGAAUAAAAACGAGAUUGCUUAUCUCAACGAGACCAUACCUUACUACAACUCUUACUACUGGAUUGGUAUUCGAAAGAUCAACAAUAAAUGGACCUGGGUGGGAACCAACAAGACUCUCACUGAGGAGGCUGAGAACUGGGCUGACAAUGAGCCUAACAACAAGAGGAACAACCAGGACUGUGUGGAGAUCUACAUCAAGAGUCUGUCAGCCCCUGGCAAGUGGAAUGAUGAGCCCUGCUGGAAAAGAAAGCGAGCACUCUGCUAUAGAGCCUCCUGCCAGGACAUGUCCUGCAGCAAGCAAGGAGAGUGCAUUGAGACCAUUGGGAACUACACCUGCUCCUGUUACCCUGGAUUCUAUGGACCAGAGUGUGAAUAUGUCAGAGAGUGUGGCGAGUUUGACCUUCCUCAACACGUGCACAUGAACUGCAGUCACCCUCUUGGAAACUUCUCUUUCAACUCUCAGUGCAGCUUCCACUGCGCUGAAGGGUACACGCUGAACGGACCCAGGGAGCUGGAGUGUUUGGCUUCUGGAAUCUGGACGAAUUCACCCCCACAGUGUGUAGCUGUCCAGUGCCCAGCUCUGAAGUCUCCGGAGCAAGGAAGCAUGAGCUGUGUCCAGUCCGCAAAAGCAUUCCAGCACCAGUCCAGCUGCAGCUUCAGCUGCGAAGAGGGAUUCGCAUUAGUUGGGCCAGAGGAAGUGCACUGCACAGCCUUGGGGGUGUGGACAGCCCCAACUCCGGUGUGUAAAGCAUUGCAGUGCCAGGAUCUUCCGACCUCAACUAAGGCCCGGGUGAACUGCUCGCAUCCCUUUGGCGACUUUAGGUACCAGUCGACCUGUAGCUUCACCUGCGAUGAAGGUUCAUUCCUGGUGGGAGCAAGUGUGCUGCAAUGCCUGGAUACGGGGAACUGGGAUGCUCCUUUUCCAGAAUGCCAAGCUGUUACCUGCACAGCUCUGCCAAACCUUCAGAAUGGAGAAAAGACUUGUGUCCAACCUCUUGGAGGUUCCAGUUAUGAGUCCACAUGCUGGUUCACAUGUCAUGAGGGAUUCUCUUUAUCCGGACCAGAAAGACUGGACUGUACUCCAUCUGGACAAUGGACGGGUUCCCCACCAACGUGUGAAGAAGUGGACACAGUAUCGGCUCCUGCUCCAGGGGUGCAAUGCCCAACGCUCAUCGCUCCAAAGCAGGGAACAAUGUCCUGUCAGCACCAUCUGAGGAACUUUGGUUUGAAUACCACUUGCCACUUUGGAUGCAAAGCUGGAUUCACACUCCUGGGAGAUAGUGCUCUCCAAUGCAGACCUUCCAGACAAUGGACAGCAGCAGCUCCCACGUGCAGAGCUGUCAAAUGCUCCAAGCUACCUGUUACUGAGCCAAUAGUGAUGAACUGCUCCAACCCUUGGGGAAAUUUCAGCUAUGGAUCAACCUGCAGCUUCCAUUGCCCAGAGGGUCAAUUACUUACUGGCUCAGAAAGAACAGCAUGCCAAGAGAAUGGUCAGUGGUCAACGACCAUGCCAACCUGUCAAGCAGGGCCACUGACUAUCCAGGAAACCCUGACUUAUGUUGGUGGAGCAGCAGCUGGUACAACAGGCUUAGUGACAGGUUCAAUUCUCCUGGCUCUGCUAAGAAGGCGUUGCAGACAAAAAGAUGAUGGAAAAAGCCCCUUGAACCCUCAAAGCCACCUAGGAACAUACGGAGUUUUUACAAAUGCUGCGUUUGACCCAAGCCCUUAAGAGACCUGUCCUUGUCUUGGUGACCUCGUCCAACCCCCACAGGAUCCUAUUUUUGAACAUCAGCUUUCCCGAAAAGACUUGAUUAUAACUGUUGAGUAUUUGCUGCCGUUUUCUGUAAAUACUUGUGAAUAAAGGACAUGGAAUUUCCUUUAGAUUAGUUCUGCACCAGAGCAGACGGACUGGACCACAAGCCCCAAUUCUCCACCCACCACCCCUUCCUGCUCCAUUUCCUCUUCCUCCAACACAAGCCUCAGAAGCUGGGCCUGAGUCUUUCUGCGGUGGUCUGUGGGCUUUGGCCUAGCUGUCACUUGCGGUACUAAUUAGCUAGAGUCCAGAGCAUCUGACUCACCAGAAGACCAGACUGGAAAAAUAAAAAUGCCUCUUUAUUUUGAGACUGGAGGAGGUUCUCCUCUACUUUGUUGGAAGGCAGGAGGUGUCUCUGACUUGAGGGAAUUUCUAUAGGAUUUCCUGGGUCUUCAGUGCUUGCUGUUGGUGAAGCCUUUUGGACUUCCUUGAAGCUCCAAGAGAGGCCUCUGGAUGGCACCAGAGGCUGCAGAGGCCGCAGAAGACUGGUGCUCCAGACAGGAAGGUACACGUCACUGUAGACCGUCCCUCCGCCGUCACUCUCCCCCAGAGGACCCAGAGACCAAUCCUUGAAUGUCUAGUUAAAAGGAUUCCCUAAAUGCCAUGUUCUAGUGUUUGAUAUUUUGCUGAAUAAAGUCUGUAUCCAUCA